CAAAAAACAAAAAAAAAAAUCUACAGAUUCAUAGCAAUUUCUGUUGUACAAUAACCGAGUUUUCAGAUUACCUUGGCUUCCCUCCCUGGAUCUUUUCCAACAUUUCAGGCACGACUUUUUCAUUCCCCUCACAAAGUUCAUCCUCUCUACCAACACAUACAAAACCCUUCCCUUCCCGUUUACUUAUCCGCCUCUUGCCGUAAACUGAACUCACAACCAGUAAACCAAAGAAAUGGGUUCGAUCAAUGGAGGAGAGGAAGACAUACUCCACGUAAUGUUCAUCCCAUUCUUGGCACCAGGCCACAUGGUCCCGAUGGUAGACAUCGCCAGGCUCUUCGCCGCCGGCGGCGGCAGAGACAUCAGAGUCACGAUCCUCACUACAACCACCAAUGCACGCCGCAUUUCUUCCGCCAUCGACCGCGAUUCCCUCUCCGGCCACCGCAUCUCCCUCCUCACCCUCGCCUUCCCUUUCAAAGAAGCCGGCCUCCCGGAAGGCUGCGAGAAUCUCCUCUCCGCACCCACCCCUGAAAUCAACUUCAAGCUCUUCCACGGCAUCGAAUUGCUCCAGCCGGAGAUGAUCGAUCUCGUACGGACCCACCGCCCCGACUGCUUAGUUACUGACUACCUUUACCCUUGGUCCGCUGAUGUUGCUGCCGACCUAGGAAUUCCGAGGCUCGCCUUCAGCGGCAGUGGUUUCUUCAAUCUCUGCGUCGCCGACAGCAUCGAGGCCAACAAACCCCACGCCGAAAUCUCGUCGGAGUCUGAAGAAUUCGUCGUCCCGGGAAUUCCGAACCGCGUAACCCUAACCAGAUCUCAGCUUCCCGAUAUUGUGAAAGGGGAAGCGAAACUGUCUAGGUUCUUUGACAAAUUAAAACAGGCCGAGAGAAGAAGCUAUGGAGUUAUAGUUAACACGUUUCAUUCCCUAGAGGCAGAGUACGCAGAACAUUACAGAAGAGUCACAGGAUUAAAAGCAUGGCAAUUGGGACCCGUAUCGUUGUUCAUCAACCGGAAUUUCGAUGAUAAGAUCAAUAGAGGUGGGAAAUCAGACGUAAAUGCAGAGAAUUGCUUGAAUUGGCUCGACUCCAUGAAACCAAACUCUGUUCUCUACAUUUGCCUCGGAAGUCUGACUCGAUUCAGCAAAGCCCAAAUCUCCGAAAUUUCUUGCGCAUUGGAGGAAUCGAGCCACCCUUUCAUCUGGGUAUUGGCUAAGAUCCUGAAACCCAACGUGGAGUUCGAUCAAGUCGACGAAGGUAAGGAGCAAUGGUGGCUGCCGGAAGGGUUUGAGAACAGAGUAAAACAGAGUGGGAAAGGGCUGAUCAUCAGAGGAUGGGCCCCACAGAUGGCGAUCUUGGAACACGCGUCGAUCGGAGGGUUCGUGACGCAUUGCGGGUGGAAUUCGAUAAUGGAAGGGGUUUGCGCUGGGGUGCCGAUGGUGACGUGGCCGAUUUUCGCAGAGCAGUUUUACAACGAGAAGCUGGUGACUCAGGUGAUGAAGUUUGGGGUUUCGGUAGGGAAUGAGGUGUGGUCGGUGUGGGCGACGGAGGAGUUGCCAUUGAUUCGCGGGGAGAGGUUGAGGAGCGCGGUGGAGGUGGUGAUGGGCGGCGGCGUGGAGGCGGCGGAGAUGAGGAGGAAGGCGGUGGAGUUGGGGAAGGAGGCGAAGAGAGCUGUGGGAGAAGGUGGGACGUCGAGUGAUGAGUUGAAGGGUUUAUUGGAGGAGAUUAGAGGGUGUAAAAGUAAGAGAAGAGGAGUAGAACAGGUAGCUUGAAUUGUGGCAUUUUUGGGUUUAGGUAGUAAGAACAAAUUAAAGAGACUCCAUACAUGUCCAUUGAGAUGUGAAAUUUGUAGGGUACUUACGAGAUCCUUACUCUUAUCAGAUGGCGGCAGAGGCUCGUUUGCAUGCAUUAUGGACAUUUUCAUUCAGGAUGGGAAACCUUUUUUUGUUUUUAACUGUGUUUAUUUAUUACCAAUAUCUUUGACAAGUCUCGCACAAUGAUUUUUAUUUGAUAUUAUGAAAUGAUAGUCGUCCAAUCUUAUGAACAUGUGUUCAUACCUUGGCGGAAUACAUUGACAUGUUUCUU